CCGCGACGACGGUUCGAGCGCCGGCCAGUCCCGCGGCGGCGGCGGCGCGCGCGGGAUGGACUCCGCAGGUGCCCUGCGGCGCAUCGCCGCAGUCGGUUCAAUCCUGGCUCUGACCGUCGACCAGCUGCAGCUCGCCGCGGCGUCGCGCUCGCAGUCGGGGCAGUUCAUUCGGGAGCUCAAGAAGGCGAG